UCUCAUAUUAAUCGAUAAAAUAUUUGUUUCUGUUAUAAAGAAAUUUUUAUAUUUAAAUUUUAUUAAUUCUUGUCGAAGCGAAAUGUUUAAUCUCAGAAAUUCUUUUAUAUCCGGUCUCGCUGGAACUUAUGAGUACAUUUUUCAAAAAGCACCAUAUACAAAUAUAAUAGAUUCUAAUCUAGCUUAUGAGAAAGUUACACAUAUUUCUCGAUCCCCGAUGAAUACAUUUAUGGAAACAGUUGUAAGUCAUUUAAUUUUCACGAAGCUGAUAAGAAAAUUUUAACAGAUGGUUGCCAACCAUUGAUUGGGCAUACAAAUUGAAAAAAUUUAGAAAGCGUGAAGUCGAUUAGUUUGAUUUCCGAGUGGCCCACAUAACGAACCUCGUUCACGUUAAAUAUUAAAUAAACUAACACAUUAAUAGGGUGCUCUGUCUUCUUGUCGAGGACCGUUACAUUUUCCUCGAGUAUGUGUCAUACAUAUUUAACAGGCCUGCGCAUUCGCCUUUGUGCAUCGACAAGAUCCACCUAGUUCCAUCAGUUGUGCGGAGCAGUUCCGCGACUUUAGUUUUGUUUAGUGGUGUCAAGUGAUAAUUUCAUCGAAAAGCCGAAGUCCUGCAACGUACAAUUUGCCGAAGAGUCUCAUUAAAGACAUAUAUGACGGAGAUUCGACUAGAGUUGAAGGAAGCUUCGCAGGAUGUCGGUCUCGUUGGUUUGAUGUCACCGGAAUCGAAUGUCACCGCUCAAAAUAAUUCUACCUACCUGGACGGUAUUCCGGAGGCGGGCAUUAUCAUGAUCAAAAUUGAGGAGACUUUCAUUGUUCUUCUGGUUCUUUUUCUCUGGAUCGUGGCAGUUGCUUUAUUCUUUAAUCGAUGGGGUAAGAUCAGAAUGUUGGAGCCGUCUCAACCUAAAUAUCAGGACCAACACAGACAAAGCUGUCCAGCCAUCGACCAAAAUCUACUUCAGAAUCGUUUCACAUACCCUAAAUGUACCAGCCCUUGCGGAGAUGAAUUAACCUUCGAUCCGGGUCAAAUGCGUCCCAGACAAUGCAGCGUCUUCAACAGCCGCAGCGCCCUGUUGCAUGGAAAUGACCUGGAAAUUUCGCAUCGCUCAAAGAGUGCGGUCGACCUUCGGUCAUCGAUUCAUUUGGAUACCAACUCACGGAAGAACAAUGAAUCGAUGCGCACGGAUGAGACAAAAAAUUUGAACUCGGCUAAUGAGUUUUCGAAGGUUUUACAAUGCGAUAGAAGAACCAUCGUCCGCCAGAUCGAUGACAUCGAGGCGAUCGAACCAUUUUUUCAAAACAGAAAAACAAGUGCCAGUCGUAUUGACGUUCCUCAAAAAUCAUGGUGCAGAAUCCGUGGAAUCAAUUUAUGUCGAUACAAUAGAAUGGACGCUCUCGGACGAACGACGCAAAGAGAACGCGCCGGAAGUAUCUGCCACUUCAAUAGAAUGGAUGUUUUAGCAAAGUCGUCGCAGAGAGAUCGUGCCGGCAGUAUUUACUGUUUCGACCGAAAGGAUGUUCUGUUCCGACCAAAUUUUGCAAUUGGAAAAUCUUUGAUGAAGAAAAGGCGCGUAAGCACCGGAAACUUUAUGGAGAAAAAUGAGAAAAGCGGGCAAUGUGCACAGAGGAACAACGGUUCGAUCAUCGAUGACGUUGAUGUAAUUGAGGACGAGAUGACGGCAACUGAGCAACCGAAGAAACAGGAAACGCUUGUUAGAUGCUCGUUCAUAGAUAAGAAGAACACUAUUUACCAUCUCGACCGACCAUCUUGUAGCAAAACUUCCGACACUGUUGUUGGCUAUAGAGUUACUUGCGUAUAGCGAGAUUAGUUUGCGACGCGGAAACAGGCGCACAGAGUGUAUAUGUGUCAAUUAUGUGCCAACAGUCAUUCGUAUAUUACUUCUUAUAAAUAGAACGUUAUCAGACUUAUAGAAUUUGGUUUUGACAUUAUGUUUUUACUAGAAUGGGAAACAAUCCUUGUAAAGUUAUCCUUACAGGGAAGAUUUUAACCUAAGGGAACCAGACAUUAACAGCUGAUUCAGAACUUUAGAAUGUGAUAUCAAGUAAAUAAUAUUUUAUAAUAAGUAUAGUGUAUAUAUCUAUGUAUUGUACGAGCAUUUUUUACUUCAGAAUCUGUUGAAUGCGUAAUUCUUUUAAACGGAAUGCUAUAUUCUUUUUAUUCAGAAUAUAACCAAUUUCAAAUUUAUGAUGCGGAAUGAUUGUAAUAUCAGGCGUCACGAGCAAAAAUAACAUUAUACCUUGUAGCUUGUGUUAAAUAGUCAUCCAAUGAUAAUAUCGAAGACAGUAUAACAUAAGAACAACAAAUAAAUCAUAGAACUUUCAUAUCAGAA